GGGGGGGGGGUGGCAUGGCAAGUAAAUCCACUGAACACUUGGAGGGGAUGAGUACAUUUCUCUUGUCCAACCUCUGCGACGCAGUGACGCUGAAAGACAUUUUCAAUACUUUCGGGUGUCGGUUGCCAGAUUUGACGACUUGCUUCAGCAGCUUGCCCCAUACAUCUCACACGAGAGAACUCACAGCUUGUGCUGCAGAGAGGCUGUCUGUGACUCUAGCGAGUGGCAGAACACAGAAAAGUAUUGCAGAGAGUUAAAAUGUAUAAGUUAGGAAUCUCAACAGUUUGCGUCAUCGUCAUGGACGUGUGCCACGCUAUAUGGCAUGUCCUGAAGGUAGAUUUAGUUGCUUAUCCCUCUAUGGCACAAUGGGCAGAAAUCGCCAGAGAUUCGGGGGGUUGCUGGAAUUAUCCGUUUUGUGCAUGAGCUGUUGACAGAACAUGUUCAGAUCCGAGAUCCGGCAAGUUCGGGCAGCAAUUACGACAACUAAAAGGGAUUUUUAUCAAUGGUCCUGAUGGCAGUCUGCGAUGCAAGGUACCGACCAUAUCCAGGUUCUUCUGGCCUUGAUGAUGCCAAGGAGAUCUACAACUACUGCCGCUCAAGAGCCAGAAGACGCAAUAGACAUGUGCAACAACACAAAGGACUACAUCCUCACACUAGCUGGUUGGAGCACGCCAGGCAUGAGUGGUGCACACCUAGGCGAGUGGCAGAGGAGGUCCUUUGACAUUUCAUCUGGCACCUGCGCACCUGAGCAGACGGCAGACGCCUAUCGGGCGCACAUCCUCGCCAUUCAAUAUGCAUGGGCGAGCUCCCAGCUCUCUCAGGCCGGCACGGCCAGCCUGCUCAGGACUUACUCUGAACGCUAUGCCGCAGUGCUGGACUCGGACGACCCUCGCACGGGGCUUAACAACUAUGCAGAGAGCGCACUGCACCUGGCCCGCAGUCAGAGGAACCACAGUGACAAAUGGGAGUCGUCCCUGACAACUGUGAAUGUGCUGGAGCUGCCGUGCGUGCAGAAGAUGAUUCAGGCUGGGACAGGGGGUGGAAAGUCCCUGGUGGCACCUGCAGAUGUUAACGUCACUGUUGGGCAAGAGAACAGAGGCAGCUCCCUGCCUGUUGUUUCCUCCACUGGACUCAGAGCUGCAGAGCCUCCUUUCAAACCCCUGGGACCCACAUCAUGGCCCAAGGCUGUGGGCAACAGCACUUUCAGCAAUUUACAGAGUAUUACUGUAGAGAGACCAAGAGGCCCUGAGGGAUUCCCCAGCCACCACAAUUCCUCUGCUGGCCCCUCAGGAAGUGCUCAGUCUCUGUUUGGCCAGCACGCCUCAGCUCCACCACAUCCAAACCCAGGCCCUGAAGCGAACCAAUCUGUCUUCUUCAACUCUAACCCCUCCAAGAGGAAGACAUUCUAUAACUCCUGUGGAGAGAGUGGCAGAGGGGGGGCAUCUAGAGGGCAAGACCCACGUGGUGGUGGCACUAACUUCAAAACUGCAAGGGAGCAGUUUAUUGUUGAUCAGCAGAAAAAGCACUCCAACCAGUCCCAGAGAGCUCAGCAGCCCCCUGGGAUGGUGGUUGCCAUGGGGAAUGCCACGAAGAAGUCACUGGGGGCCAACAGGCCACGGGGGACAUUUUCCAAAUUUGUUUCCCCAAUGCCAAGGCAAGAGGACAAGGAGGGUGGGGUCAGUAGCAACAAUGCCCAGGAGACUCAGCCAGUAGACGAGCGUCUGAAAAACUUUGAGCCAAAGAUGAUCGAGUUGAUCAUGAGUGAAAUUAUGGACCACGGGCCGCCCGUAGCCUGGGAUGACAUUGCUGGCCUGGAGUUUGCCAAAGCCACCAUUAAGGAGAUUGUUGUGUGGCCUAUGCUCCGGCCUGACAUCUUCACUGGCCUCCGUGGUCCACCCAAAGGCAUCCUCCUAUUUGGGCCCCCGGGAACAGGAAAAACUCUGAUUGGGAAGUGCAUCGCUUGCCAGUCAGGCGCCACCUUCUUCAGCAUCAGCGCCUCAUCUCUCACCUCAAAGUGGGUGGGGGAGGGAGAGAAAAUGGUGAGAGCACUCUUCGCCAUUGCCCGCUGCCACCAGCCAGCAGUCAUCUUCAUCGACGAGAUAGACUCUCUUCUGUCCCAGCGUACGGACGGGGAGCACGAGUCAUCCCGGCGGAUAAAGACUGAGUUCCUGGUUCAGUUGGACGGGGCGGCCACCUCAGCCAACGACCGCAUCCUGGUGGUGGGGGCCACCAACCGCCCUCAGGAGAUAGACGAGGCGGCUCGGCGCCGCCUUUCCAAACGCCUCUACAUCCCCCUUCCUGAGGCAGCCGCAAGACGGCAGAUAGUCUCUAACCUCAUGGCCUGCGAGAAAAGCCAGCUGGAAGAGGAAGAGCUGGAGAGCGUGGUCACAGGGACGGAGGGCUUUUCUGGGGCCGAUAUGACAGGUCUGUGCCGGGAGGCAGCGCUGGGCCCCAUCCGGAACAUCCAGCUCAGUGACAUUGCCACCAUCACCCCCGACCAGGUGCGGCCCAUCCUCCACUGUGACUUCCAGGAGGCCCUGAGGAUCGUGAGGCCCAGUGUCUCAGCCAAAGACCUGGAGCUCUAUGAGGACUGGAACAAUACCUUUGGUUGUGGUCGUUGAUCAGGGAAGCAGUAUGGACUCACAUUACACAUAUUAGCCUAUAUUUGCCAUUUACUGCUGUUGGGGAUAUAUUUAGUUUAUGUUGAGUAAAUAAAAUUGCGUUUUAGAUUUCGCAACAGACUCCACCAUAAAAUGAGACUAUUUUAAUAAUCUGUCUCAAUGUUAACUUGAUUUUUCAUUUACUAAUCCAUGGCACAAUGUUUAUUUCCAAAUAUAGGCUAUUUGUUUUCUACACUGUUGAUUCACUAAAUAAGAUGUUGGUGUAAGUAAUAUGUUCCUAAUAAAUUUGCUAAAUGUUUUCUAUUGCGUUGCACAGCAAACAUGUUUCCUUUGUAACACAGAGAGGAAAUGUGACAGUGUUUUUCUGAAGACGGAUUACGGGAAAUAUUCUCUAUUCACUCCAUUAGUUAGCUAGCUAGCUACCUGUUUAUCCAAAGCAGAUGAAAUCAGGCCUACAUCAGCUUUCAGUUUCUUGUCAUCAUCAAUGUUUGUUAAAUGAGGUCUAGUGUCUCCCUGUCACUUGCAUAUCUUCAUCCCUUACAGUUUACAUUCGACCGUGAUCUGGCAAAGUUACUCCACCUCAAAUUCCAUUUGGCGAAAGCAGACCUGCCAACACGCACGCAUUUUGCGUACCAACUACGCAAUUCUCUGUCCAUGUAUGCAGGUACGAGAUCCGAUUUAAAAGUACGCAGAAAUGAAUAGGGCCUGAUUUAUUUAUUUAUUUUUGUAAUUUUAUUUACAUUUUAAUAAAAAAAAUACAUCCACUGAGUAAAUCUAACAUCCUGAUUCUCGAGCUGCAACACACAGAUGUGUAUGGAGUUUAAGUCAACGGACAUGGAGAUUAAAACAUCAUUAUUCGAUGUAGCUACCCCGUGUCUGCCCCUCCUGUUUGUUAUGAUGCUGAGUUUGCCGACGUCAACUGUCAGUAAAUACAAGCGUUCCUCUGCUUUAGAGACUAAACUUGGGGGCCAAGGCAAGCUGGAUCUGAAGACCUUCUAUGCAGAUGUCAGAAAAUAAAUGUAUUUUGCAGUAGACUACAUGUUGCUGAAAUUUACAUUUGGAGAUGUGCUCCUUCAGCAUGCAGUGGUCGCUGACAUUGCCAAAAGGCAGACUGAAAAGUCCUCAUCCCUCAACUUUUUCAUGGCAUGCUUUCCCUUCAUUAUUCCUGAGGGAGCCUCUCUUGAUCUGGUGGAAGAGGAGUUUAGACUGUUAUCAGGCAACAACCUUUGAGCAGGUUCUGGUCAACAUGCGCACGGAUCAGGCCUAGAGAGAAAUCAGCACAAUGAAAAGGGAGGGGCAGCCUUGUCUACUCCCACCUUUCAACUGUGAUGCUGAAAAUAUUGGUCAUAUUCCACAGCAAUGCAGACUGCGAUCGAAUAUUCAGUCUCGUUUCCAAGAACAAAACCCAGUACAGAGCCUCCCUCAGUACAGACAUGCUGAGUGCCCUCGUUACCGACGGUUUCAACGAUUGCCAAAGGAACUGUUUGCCACAGAGAAGUCUACCCGGAUGCCCUGCUGCGUAAGGCUAAAUCUGCUAGCUACUAGGAAAUGAUUUCCUGAACAUUUGAAGGUCUCCAGAAGAUUUGUUCUCACCCACUGUUUCCUAUCAUAGCCUUUUCGGUUUUAUUAUGGAUAACAUGUUUAUUUCAUACUGAUGCUCUUCAAACAUUUGUUCUUAUCAUAUCAGUUUUAAAAAAAUGUGGAUGCGACGUUUGUACAUUUUGUACCUGAACAAAUAACGUAUUAUUUGUUUAGUAGAAUUAAACAUCUCCAAGUUAGUGACUUUGUAAAUGGAAUGCUGUCAAGAAUACUUGAUUUGGUACAAUUCUAUAAUUGUGAUCAGACCAUCAAACAGCAUGAGCUUGCCGGGGAAAGAACCCCAAUUCAGCGCAUGCCAUGCAGGUGAGUUGUAUCUCCAAUUUUUCACGUGCGUCUGGUACUCUAAAAAGUUGGACAGGGUUGGCAGGUCUGCAAAAGGCACAUGCAUACUCAGACAAACUAGCUCUCGUUCAGGCAAAUAAGUGCAUUCGGGCUAUCCAGAAGGCCAAAGUUAGUUACUUUAAGGCGCAGUUCUCUCUGGAUCCAAUCCCAAGAAGUUCUGGAAAAUAAUUACAGACCUUGAGAAUAAACCCUCCUCACAGCUGCCCAUGUCCCUUAAUGUUGAUGAUGUGGCUGUUACUGACAAGGAGCACAUGGCUGAGCUCUUUUAAUCACCACUUCAUUAAUUCAGGAUUCCUAUUUGACUCAGCCAUGCCUCCUUGCCCGUCUAACAUCUCAUCUCCCAUUACAAAGUUUCUCCCUGCAGGCGGUCACUG